AUGCCUCCGCGUGUGCAGCCCAAGCGGAAAGCUGCUGCAAAAGCAGCCGCUGCCAAGGAGGAGGAGGAGCCAGAGGUCGAGGAGGAGGUCGAGGAGGAGGAGGAGGAGGACGCAGAGGCUGAGGAGGAGGAAGAUGAGGAAGAGCCUGAGGAGCCUCCGAAAAAGAAGGCUAAAGCGCUUCCAGCCCGCGGUGCUGUGGUUGCCAAGGCAAAGGCCAAAGCCAAAGCCAAGGCCAAGGCAAAGGCCAAGGCGAAGGGCAAGGCCAAGGCGAAGGCAGCAGCCGCCCGUGGUGUGAUCAAAACAGCGGUCAAGGGCACGGCAAAGGCCAUUGCAGCAAAGGAAUUCGCAGCGGUUGCCUCCAAGCUGAAGAAAAGCAAAAGCAAGGAGACCGUGGCCGGCGAAGGCAAGUGGUACUACAUGAGCGACCUGCGAAAAAUGAAGGUUGGGGCAGAUGAUCCCAAGGCUUGGACGAAAUACAACGCCAAGAUGAACAAGCAGUUGGAGGAUGCCUGGGGCAAAGGAUUCAAGCAGUACACGAUGACUCUCGGAGACAAGCAGUACAUCGUGAAGUUCAACACAAUGAUGCAGUUCCGAGCCGACGACAAGAGCCUGCAAAGACCAGUGAAGCGUGAGUGA